AUGUCGGAGGAGGUAGAAAUUAAGACAUACUUUAAGCUGGUUGACGUUGUCAAAUGGAUCGGCAUAACGCAGUUUGAGAUACUGGUCAACUUGCUGGCAUUCUUGGUUUUUACAAUAAUGCUCACGGUGAAGGCCUCCAGCGGAGAAUUGACGGGUACUUUAACGGCCAACGAAUGGUUGGCACUGUUCUCGCCAAUGUUCUGCGGUGACUUUUGCAACACUUAUUUCUGUAUCAUCGUCGGCAUUCGAAUGUACCUGGGCAACAAACAUCGACAGGCGAUGCAUCGGCUAGUGUGGAGCAUUCCUUUUCUGCUGCUGACGUCCGGCUUCAAGUACUUGGUCUGCAUGAAGCUGUCCGGGCAGAUACAGCUCGAGUACAGCGAAGUGUUUUCGCCUAUAUUCGUCCUGUUGCAGAUGAUCGCGGUAAAGGCAUGCCAGUAUAAUCAGCAAUCCUGAUCAAACGCCAACCCGUCGCGCCGUGAACUUCUAUCUUUCAGCAAUGACGUUGUUCUUGGAACAAUCGUAAUGCAGUGAAGUUUUUCCCCCAUUCCCCAGUAGUCUGAAGUUAUGAAAAAUCAGUAA